AACAUACUCUGAAAACCCGAUAAAAUUCCUAAAAAAUUAAAAUUUUCGUUAUAGUUCAAAUUUAACCAAUUUUUAUCGCAAAUAUGAGCCGGAUAAUUCGCAGUAUUUUGGAUCACUUCAGAGGUCCUAUAAUUCGGCGUUAUCUAGUUCUAUUUCCCGAAUAUAGUAAAAUUCGAAACGAACUGAAGCUGGAGGAAUUGCGAUGGGAACGUGGAAUAAUGGACGACAGAUCGAGGGAACUUAACACUAAACAAAAGCGUGUUGAAUAUAUGCUGACCGAUUUGACGCGUUGUAUUAGGGGCAUGGAGUUCGAUUUAAAGGUAAACCCUGACCUCGAGAAGAAGCAGAAAAAAAGCGAAACAGCCGAGGAGGAGCAACAGACGUCGGGGAGCAGUCAAGUGAAUUCUGCCCCAGCCGGCGAUAAGAAAUCACCCAAAGUCGGUGGUUUCAGUGACUAGAAAAAAUUCCCCCCAAGU